AUGCAGCCCAAAUCAGAGCAGUCAGAGCCCUUGGUGGGUGACUCGGAUUCCGAGCUGGACUCUAGAAGAUACAUACCAAGAAACAGACAGAACCUUUGCAGCCGCCCCAAGAUUCUUUAUGCCCUCUGCGGCGCAGGGAUCGCUUCCAUCCUCUGGAGUAUCAGUGUGAUAGCGCUCUUGACAAGUCGUCUAUGGGCAACAACAGCUGCAGCACCACCUACUCCUCAACACCCAUCUGGUCGCGAAUCCUCCAUCCAUAUCCUUCACUGCGGUGAUACUCCAGACGAGGCACGCGCAAUGGGCUGCAAGUUCCAGAUCCACACGUACGCCUGGGUACCCGCUUCCUGCUUUGACGAGGUACUUCAGGAGGAGUGGCUGAACAUCCGCGACUGGGAAUACUACACGGACAAAUACGACCAGGGGGAACCGGUCAAUAUCAGUGUGGCUCUGGCGGGAGAGCGCAAUCUCUAUUCGACCUGGGGCCAGCAUAUUGAGCACUGUGCGUUUACCUGGCGGAAGUUUACGCGAGCGCAGGCGGGCUCAGGGGUGCUCAUGACAAAUCGAGACUUGUCGUAUGAGCAUGCGCAUCACUGUUCGGACGCGUUGCGUACCAAGUUUGAGCAUCCGUGGGAUGAAGUGAAUACCAAGGUCACUGUUGAGUUUCAUAUGUGCUAA